AAAAAAGUUUAAAUAAUCUGAAAGUUUUGGGGAUGGCGGUUUAUCAAACACUAUUUAAAGAAUACCAGUUUGCAAAAAACACCAAAAACCCUAAUCAGAGUUUCAUCUUCUUCGUUCUUCACAGUUUGUAGAGAGAAAGAGCACGAACCAUGUUGGAUAUAAAUCUAUUUAGAGAAGAGAAGGGGAACGAUCCAGAGAUCAUCCGUGAAUCCCAACGCCGGAGAUUCGCCGACGUUGAUCUCGUCGACGAGGUCAUCAAUCUCGACAAAGAAUGGCGUCAGCGUCAAUUUGAAGUAGACGGUUUACGAACGGAAUUCAACAAGCUGAACAAGCAAGUAGCCAAGCUCAAGAUUUCUGGUGCUGAUGCGAGUGAGGUGAUUCAGCAAGCGGAGAAGAACAAACAAGACGCUGCUGAUAAGGAAAAGGAAGUUGGUGAUGCUUAUGCUAAGCUCAAAGAAAAGUUGGUGAAAGUUGGAAACCUCGUCCCUGACUCAGUUCCAGUUAGUAACGAUGAGGCAGAUAAUCCUGUGGUAAAAGUUUGGGGUGAGAAGCCGGUUUUUGCACCUGGUCAGAAGGUGAUGAACCAUGUGGAUCUCGUUGAGAAGACCUUCAUUGCAGAUAAUAGGAGAGGUGCUGAAAUUGCUGGAGGAAGAGGGUACUUCCUGAGAGGACAUGGUGUGCUACUUAACCAAGCUCUUAUCAACUUUGGGCUGCAAUUUUUGAGGAAGAGAAAGUUCACACCAUUUCAACCUCCUUUUCUCAUGAGGAAGGAUGUCAUGGCCAAGUCCGCACAGUUGUCAGAGUUUGAUGAACAACUUUACAAGGUAAGUGGUAAAGGAAAAGACAAAGACGUCACAGGUGAAGGAGAUGGCAAAUACCUGAUUGCAACUGCUGAGCAACCUCUUUGUGCAUACCAUAUGGAUGAAUGGAUCCCUCUCAAAGAGGUUCCCAUAAGAUAUGCUGGUUACUCGACCUGCUUCAGGACAGAAGCUGGUUCCCAUGGAAGAGACCAGCUUGGCCUUUUCCGUGUUCAUCAGUUUGAGAAAAUUGAACAGUUUUGCAUCACCAGUCCUGACGAGAACAACUCGUGGAAAAUGCUCGAGGAUAUGAUGAAGAACUCUGAAGAGUUUUACAAAGAGCUAAAACUCCCAUACCGAGUGGUGGAGAUUGUCUCUGGAGCAUUGAACGAUGCAGCUGCGAAAAAAUAUGAUUUGGAAGGUUGGUUUCCUGCGUCUGGUACUUACAGAGAGCUUGUGUCGUGUUCCAACUGUACAGACUACCAAGCUAGAAGGCUUGAGAUUAGAUACGGUCAAAAAAAGAGCAAUGAGGAGACGAAGUAUGUGCAUAUGCUGAAUUCGACUCUUACCGCUACUGAGAGGACCAUUUGCUGCAUUCUCGAGAACUACCAGCGGGAAAAUGGUGUGGAGGUCCCUGAGGUUUUGCAGCAGUUUAUGGAAGUAGAGUUGUUGCCCUUCAGGCAGUAGUUGCCGACAUCAAGGGCAAAAAGUCCAAAGCUUAGUUGACAGUAUAUAUAUUAUGUGGUUUAUUUAAUCCUGUGGAUUUUUUUUGGGUUUAUUUGAUCCUUUUAUCUAUAAUCUAAUCAUAGGACACGCUUCUUACUUUUAUUACAACUGAAAACACACAAACAUAUAACUACACAAUAACUAACAAUAUGAAGCUUUUGUAACAUUAUUCCUCAAAAAAUCAAUUGUUUCUUGAAAUGAGAAAAGACUACAACACUUUCAUGUUCGAAAGUUCUUCAGUAACAUACUGCCAAACCAGAGUGGCCUUGGGACACUUGCGGAAGGGGCAAGGGCAAUCUUUAUGAGCUUUUCAACCUACCUUUUGUGACGAACAGAGUUUUUCUUAUGGCUA